GACACUGUGAAACUCUCAGGUGCGGAUACCGUGGAAAAAAAUAACGAACGGAUACCAAGGUGUUUGGUGGAUCCUUUCCUCCCCUCCCCCAUACAAAUCGAGUGUUUUGGUGAAAUUGAUUUGAAAAAAGAAAUGCCAGUUUUGUGUGAAAAUAUUCCCCGCAUAACAUACGGGAAGAGUUUGAUCUUCAAUCGAUUCUUGGAUUUUAAGAGUUGCCAACCCCUUACACGACCCCUUGAACCAUGUGCGGCAAAUUGGCAAAUGAAACCCGCCCUCCUGCCAGCCCUCUACAGCGAAUGGGCAGAUGAUAUUCUAAAUUUCAAGGUGCGAAAGGACGACGUAUUCGUCGUAACUUUCCCUAAGUGCGGGACAACGUGGACACAGGAGAUGGUGUGGCAGAUUGGGAAUGAUUUGGAUUUUGAACGUGGACGCAAAAUCCCACUGCCUGAGCGUUUUCCUCAACUUGAACUUUCAGCCGUGGCAGUGAUAAGUAAAACUAAUUCCAUACGCCAGUGUGCUGAAAUGAAGGGACAGCGCUACAUGAAAUCCCAUCUACCAGCUCAUCUCCUACCAACGGAUAUUUGGACGGUUAAACCAAAAGUUAUCUACUGCACAAGAAAUCCCAAGGAUGCUGCCAUCUCAAACUACCACUUUAUGUCCCGGAUGCAGGGAUGGAAACCCAACUUUAACGACAUGAUGGAGGCAUUUAUGGUUAAUUCAACUCUGUACGCCCCAUUCCAUAGUCAUGUCCUAGAUUUCUGGAGUAUGAAAAAUGAGGAAAAUAUUCUCUUUAUCACAUACGAGGAGAUGAAGAAAGAUCUGCCAGCUGUUAUUGUUAAAACAGCCAAAUUCAUGGGAAAAACCCUCACAGAAGAGCAAGUAACAAAACUCAGUCAUCAUCUUUCAUUUGACUCAAUGAAGAAGAACAAAUCAAUCAGUGAGACACCCCUCAGGAAGUCCGUGCUGCCAUUCUUCAAGUACAAACUCCUCCGAAAAGGUGAAAGUGGAACAUUCAAAAAGGAAAUGUCCCCAGAACUCAUUGAACGCUUCGACAAGUGGAGUUUAAAUGAACUCAGAGAUACAGACUUUAGAUUCUCAAUGUGAUUUUGACUUAUUCUUUCUCAACACACGAAAGAAACAAAAAUGUUCAUUUCCGCAUGUAGACUAAAAUCGUAUUUGGAAGAGGCAAAAAAUUGGCGAAGAUGAACCAAUAUUUGGUUCGAGAUUUUCGUGGACUGUCCCUUAAUAUGUGGGUAAAAAGAAGACAUUUACUUAGACCUAAAAAGAAAAACAAACAACGACUUGCCAGCCCACAUUUUGUCUACUGGAAUUUACUCUCUAAUGUGGACCUUAUUAUUUAAAAAAAAUUAAUUUAAUUUUAAUUUUAGAAUACUAAAAAAAUGUCUAUGUGAUUAAAUAAUGUAUAAGAUAGCAAUUUUUUCUUUUGUAAAUAAAUCAUAAUUCCAAUUGAGCUAAAUGA